AUGUGACGAGACGCUCAUGUGACCCCCUCGCGCUUUGCUGGAGGUGGGCGGCGGGAUUGGCCAAGAUGGUGCUGCUGGAGGAAGAGGAGAAGGCGUUGCUGGAUGAGGGCUCGCUGCCCAAGGAACAUGGCGGCCCUGCGCGAAAGCCUUUGCCGGCGGUGUGCGACCCACAGCGGCUGGCCCACAGGCUGCUGGUGCUGGCGCUCAUGUGUUUCCUGGGCUUCGGCAGCUAUUUUUGCUAUGACAAUCCAGCAGCUUUGCAGACUCAAGUUCAGAGGGAUAUGAAAGUAAACACAGCCGAAUUCAUGGCAUUGUAUGCCUGGUAUUCCUGGCCUAAUGUGAUUCUCUGUUUCUUUGGAGGCUUUAUGAUAGACAGAGUAUUUGGAAUAAGGUGGGGCACAAUAAUAUUCAGCUGUUUCGUCUGUGUAGGACAAGUAAUUUUUUCUAUGGGAGCAAUAUGUAAUGCUUUUUGGCUGAUGGAAGUUGGCAGAUUUGUAUUUGGGAUUGGCGGUGAGUCCUUAGCAGUGGCACAGAAUACGUAUGCUGUGAGUUGGUUUAAAGGAAAAGAAUUAAAUCUUGUUUUUGGACUGCAACUCAGCAUGGCUAGAAUUGGGAGCACUGUGAAUAUGAAUAUUAUGGGAUGGGUGUACUGGAAAGUUCAAGAUCUGCUUGGUUCUACAGGCCACACCACUCUGGGCAUAGCACUCUUGAUUGGUGGUACAACGUGUAUCUUUUCACUAGUUUGUGCUCUUCUUCUUGCUUACCUGGACAAAAGAGCAGAGAAAAUUCUUUGCAAAGAACAAGGGAAAACUGGUGAAGUGAUAAAAUUAACUGAUGUGAAAGACUUCUCAUUACCGUUAUGGCUCAUAUUUAUUAUCUGUGUUUGUUAUUAUGUGGCUGUCUUCCCUUUCAUUGGACUUGGAAAAGUUUUCUUCAUUGAGAAAUUCAAAUUUUCUUCUCAAGAAGCAAGUGCAAUUAAUAGCAUUGUGUAUGUCAUAUCAGCCCCAAUGUCCCCCGUCUUUGGAAUUCUAGUAGAUAAAGUUGGAAGGAACAUCACAUGGGUUAUAUGUGCAGUGGUGGCAACUCUAACGUCUCACAUUAUGUUGGCUUUUACUUUCUGGAACCCUUGGGUUGCAAUGUGUUUGCUUGGAGUUGCUUAUUCCUUGCUUGCCUGUGCCUUAUGGCCUAUGGUAGCUUUUGUUGUUCCAGAACACCAGCUGGGAACUGCUUAUGGCUUCAUGCAGUCAAUCCAGAACUUGGGUCUUGCAAUCAUUGCCAUUGCUGCUGGUAUGAUACUGGAUUCUCGAGGAUACUUGUUUCUAGAAAUUUUCUUCAGUGCCUGUGUAUGUUUGGCCCUCAUCGCUGUCGUCAUGUUGUACUUCGUGAAUUUGUUCAGAGGAGGCGAUCUUAACUGGUCUGCAAAGAAAAGAGAAAAAUUUCAGAAGCUGGCCAUGGCUGAAGCAAAAAGACGGGAAAAAAUCAGACGUCAGAAUGAAGAUGAUUUAGCCAAAUUACAACCCAAGAAUGACUUUAGUUUGAGGAAUAGGUAUCUCUGCAGAUUAGGUGCUCAGCUACCAGCCAACUGUGUUUGCCACUUAUCUGCACUGGCACACAGAAGUGUGUUGAAAUAGCAGAGUUAUGUCAAGACAUGGACAAACAAAAUAAGAAAUUGUAUCAACACAAGACCUCAUUCUUCCAUAGCAGAGAAGACCUAUAGAAUGACAACAGAACACUAUUUAGUAGUUUUCUGCAAACAGAAAUUAUAGCUGGUCUCUUGGAAGACUUUAAAGAUCCUACAGUGAACUCUGUACAAUAGUGGAUGGGUAGGGAUUUUUUAAAAUGGUGCUCAUGGAUUUUUAUCUGUUUGCUUCUUUGUUUGGAAUCCACAUCUGUUUGUAACAUUAAGCUUAAGGGACAGUUCAGAUUGGUGUACAAUUAACUAAUAUAAUUGUAUACCAGAUGUAUACUGUGCUUGUUUAUCCCAUGUAUCAGAAUAACUGCACUUUGUCUCUAAUGGACAUUUUAUUUGUGUUCUACAUUUCUUUCACUCUAAGAAAGAGAAGUAAUAGGUAUUAAUGAAGUAGAUUAUUUCUAUGAAAUGUAUAGCUUUUAGUGAUUUUUUAAAAAUUUAUUUUACAACUUUUUUUCAGUACAAUGAGCAUGCGCUGAACAUAACAAAAAUUAAGAUGGUACUGCAUAAAUAUUUCAGGUGUUGCAUUACCUUUAAAACCCUUUAUAAAAAUGCAGAUGAACUAAAAGUAGCUAUCACAAAAAGAUCAUUAAAUUAGUUAUUUUUGUUUUUUAUGUUGAUGCAAUUCAGAAAGUUUCCUAUGGAAAUUGCUCGUUAUCUGUCAGUAUAUUUUCUUAGCAAGGGAAUUGUAGAAAACAUGUAGGAGAAAGUUGGAGAAUUAAAGCUUAACAGUUCAUUGCAAUAAUAAAGUUGAUAUGUUUUUGUACCUGUAAGUGAAAUGGAUUACAGUCAGCAUUCUCAGAGAAAUCAAAAAAGUCAAGAUGGUCAUGACAGCAUGUUUGAAGCUAUACCCCUUUGCACAUAUGCUGAUGUUGCAUGCAAAAUGGGGUGGAGCUGGGUUUCAGUUUCACUGCUGUAGUACUACUUUUUUAUUUUUUUGACCCCUACCCCCAGCAGAUACCACUGGGUACAGUUCACUUGGAAACUAACAUUGGUGUUGUAGUUUUAGACUGCUACAGUAGGAGAUCCUUUAAUAUGAAGCUUGUCUUGGUUAUGUAGGGCUGGAGCUGGACUUGUAUUUCUACAAAUGGAAGUGUUUUACCAAGCCAUUUGGAGCAGACUUUCCAGACGUCAAAGCUUUGGGGGGGAAAUGAGCAAAAAAGUGUCUGCUCUCCAUCUAUAGGAGCAUUGCUCAAAGGAAGUCUGGUUCCAACAUUAGCACUGUCAUUGUAUUAACAAUUAUUCUUGCUGAUGGUGUAUGUGAGCUAGCGUAUUUUUAAGUCUGAUAAUAGUUUUGAGCCCAGGUUAUUGUGCAAAUGCUCUUUGGGAAGUAUCUUAGUCUUCUUUUAUCUAAGAUGAGUCUCUGUUAGAUAACAGAAGCCACUGCUGUGAGAAAUUCACUGUCUUGAACCUGUAAUUUUGUUGAAGCUUCCCAAACACACAAUUUCUCUUUCCUUCACUAUAAAGUUAUAUUUUGUAAGAGGCUGGUGGUGCAUAAACUGAUGAACUAGAUUUCUAAGCUAGCUGUACUCAUUUUUAUUACUGGGAUGAAUUUCAUCAGGAAAAUAAAAUGAAAAAUAUUUCAUAGAGAACUGCAAACUAAAAAUGCCUAUUCCCUCAUUUGUACAUGUGAUUUGUUGCCUUCUCCUGUUAAUAAAGUCCAGUAAGCAGAGAAAGGAAUUUCUUUUUGAUACCUGUUUUCUGGUGCAUCUCAUAAGCCCACACCAUGGUUGCCAUUAAUUUUAAGAUAGGUACGUCGAGAUGUAUAGAAAAAGAAUGCUGUAAUCCAGUUGGAUAAUAUACCAGUGUUUCCAUAUAUGGAUUAUAGGAAACACUAAGUUAAUGUUAAUUUCUUUUGGCAGUAUCAAAUCCAUAUGCUAGUUUUGGUAGGCAGGGGAAAAAAAUGCCAAAACUGUACUCUUGUGUUGUAGCUAUUAAUCCAUAUCUUGCCUAAAUAUAUUUCCUUUAUCUUGAAGUCUUCUGCAGUGCAAAUAGCUGUUUACAUGGCUGAUAAUUAAGCCUGAACUUAUGAAACUGCAUUUAAAGUUUUCUUCAAAUGUCUCAGAUAUAGCUUUAUCAUCACAAGUACUUUUUGGUUAUUUUACCUUAAUACAUACAGAAUACUAGCUGUAACAGUCUGGCUGCAAGUUUGCCUGAUAUAAUUUAUUUUUUAUAAAUUUGUUUCUUGUAAAACAUGGGUGUUUGCAGGGGAAGUCAGAAAAGUAGCCAUGACUGUGUGAUUGAAGCUUUGCCCUUUUUAAAAUUUAUUUUAUUUUGCCUAUUGUAAUGAGACAUGAAAUGAACAUAACCACCCAGGUAAAAUUUCACUUAUUCCCUAGUCAGAUUUUGCCCAUCAAACAAAAAUAAUUUCACAAGAGAACUUGCCCUGUCCCCUUCUUAGGAGCUUCAUAGUAUGAGUGGCAGAGCAUAAAUCACACAGUCACAACUACCAUUUUGGCUUUUUUGGCUCCCUUGGAAGCUCUUGUUCUAAAAGGUGUAUCUCCACAAAUCACAGAGGGCAACCCCCUGAGGUUAUUAUUGAUAUUAGAGCACAGUAUCU